UUUAAAUUUCCUCCAACUUUUUUCCGAUUUAAAAAUAUUUUGGUCAACCUCCUGAUUAAUUACACUCCCGGGAAUAAGAGGGUAGAAUCUUGGAUGAAUGGUGCACUCAUCUUAAUCUUCAUUUUGCUCAAUAUAUGAAUUAUUACUGUAAUCAUAGGCCACUUAAUCUUUGUCAAUGGAGCGAGAAAUUUCAAAGCAGCCGAUGAAGUGGGAAGCCACGGUUUCAGCUCAAUUAAAACAAGCAAGUGCAGAUCAAAUAUGGCCGCUGCUGAAAGAUUUCUUCGGCAUUUACAAGUAUUUUCCAUCCCUUUCUACUUCCUACGGCGUCCAUGGAAACAACGGCGAGAUGGGUUCAAUCCGGUACUGUGAAGGUUCCCGGAUUCCGGCCAAAGAAAGCAGAGAAAAAAAUGACGGUGGCCGGAAGAAAUUGGAGCCAACUCCGGUGAGUUGGUCUAAAGAGAAGUUGAUCGAUAUUGACCCGAUUCGGAUGUCACUUAGUUAUGAAAUGGUGGAUAGCAAUCUUGGGUUUACUUCAUAUGUUUCAACAAUUAGGAUCCAUCAGGAUGAAUCUAUUAAGAACAACAACAUUGGAUGUGUUCUUCAAUGGUCAUUCUCAGUUGAUCCAGUUGAAGGCUUGGAAUUUGAAGAUUUGGUUGAUAAAUAUCGAGUUGGGCUGCAGAAAAUGGCACGCAAAUUGGAAGAUUCAUCUUCUUCUGGAAAAGUAUUUGAUUAGCUUAAUUACCUAACCAUCCUCUUUUUUUAUUUUUUUUUUUAAUUUUUUUUACAACAAUUACUUUAUUUGGUUUGUAUGUUUCUUUUAGUAGUACUCCCCCAAACAAUAGUACUCGAUUUACCGCAAUUUUAUUUCUUUAUUUAUUUUUGUUAUUAACAUUUUCAAGC